AUGCAAGAAAACCGCAUAGCGAAGCUCUUUGGUAUCAAGUAUCCCAUUAUCCAGGCUGGGAUGGUUUGGUGCAGCGGAUGGCGCUUAGCCUCAGCGGUUAGCAAUGCGGGAGGACUUGGUCUCAUUGGUGCUGGUUCAAUGAGCUUGGAUGUAUUCAAGGAAAACGUGCGGAAGUGCAAGGCCGCGACCAACAAACCCUUUGGGGUCAACCUUCCCCUCACCCAUAACGCCGAUGUCUACAUAGCGCACAUUCUGGAGGAAAAAAUUCCAGUCGUUUUUACCUCAGCGGGGAGCCCAAAGGUUUGGACGCAAACAUUUAAAGAUCACGGCAUCAAGGUCGCUCAUGUGGUCCCCAGCAGCAAACUUGCCUUGAAGUGUCAAGCCGCUUGUGUCGAUGCCGUCGUUGCGGAAGGCUUUGAGGCGGGUGGGCACAACGGUCUGGAGGAGAUCACGACAAUGACGCUCAUCCCACAGGUACGGCGCAGCCUCUCGCCUGAUAUACCACUCAUCGCGGCUGGUGGGAUCGCGUCGGGUGAUGCCAUAUGUGCUGUGAUGGCCCUUGGUGCAGAAGGCGCGCAGAUCGGCACUCGCUUCGCACUAACCAAAGAGAGCAGCUGCUCAGAGGCCUUUAAGAAGCGUGCGGCGGAGUCUCACGAAGGUGAGACGGUUCUCACCAUGAAGCAAUACAUGCCAACGCGUCUUCUGCUUAAUAAGUAUGGCAAGGAGGCCCAUGAGAUUUCAAUGAAGGGCGCCACGAAGCAGCAGCUGGAAGAAUUUCGUGGUAAAGGCCGCACACGUAAAGGCAUGUUUGACGGUGAUAUCGAGAAUGGAGAGCUAGAGAUAGGUCAGAUUGCAUCCUACUGUAGAGACAUUCCCUCCGUAGAGGAGCUGAUGCAGCGUUUGGUGCAGGAGUUUAAUACCACCAGUGCAAGGUUUUCAAAUCUAAGGAUGGAAUAA